CAGUGUUACUUUUUGUUGAACAAGCAUAUCAACGCAAAUUGAUCGUUAUUAACGCGAUCUCUCGUGCAGUUUAGCGAUACUUGGUCAAGGGAAGAGCACACGAUGUUAUUGAAAUGAAAUGCACUUGGCCCAAGCUUUUUUCAGCGUUAAGUCAUUGAUCAGAAGAAUGUGGAUCAACAGAUAUAGAGUGUGGCACAGCCAUGAUGUGGAGAAAAGGGCUUGCAAUGCAAAAUGUACAGUAGCUGCAUAACCGUUAGCUAGUGAAACUGUCUUAUCAGUGGACAUCGGUGACUUAUCCAAGUCAGGCUUUGUAACUGCAGUGAAUCAGCCACAAUAUAAGGUGGAGGGAUUUCAGUCCAGUAUGCAAAGUAAGAAAAGGGUAACACGCCUUAUUUGAGAAAAGGUUGCGUUGUGUAUCACUGUCUUGUUAUGGUGUGUUUGUGCUUCGAGGAUUCUGGCAUGUCAACACCCCAAACUAGGGAAGUGGCAAUGACUAGUGACUGUUGUCAGCUUAAGAUGCAGGGUGUUGCAGAAAUGCUUCUUUUAACGAGCGAUGUGCGCCCAGUCAAAUCUGACAAUCUGGUAAUGUUUGGGAGCUCAUUCUCUGACUGUAGAGAUGUGAUACUAGCACAGACAGAAGGCCUGCAUGCCAUACUGUCUUCUCUCACCAGACAGUUAUAUGAUGUGACAACGCGAUGGCAGGACAUCAGUAAACUGAUCCAAGACAUGUGCCUUGUUGUGGUACAACUUAUGGAAUGCUGUAGCCAUUCAGCAUAUUUACUUGCAAGCAGCCAAGAGGAAUUUGAGCCGGCGCAAAAGGGAAUAGUCGAUAAAUAUGAAAUAGCUUGUGCCAAAUUAGACUUGGAGAUAACUUGUGUAAAACUUCGCACAGCACAGGUUGAAGAUCUGACACCUCAGGUUCUCAUUGAUAACUGUACUGACAUAUCAAAACAUUUGACAAAACUCACAGAAUGCUGUCGAGUUGCCAGUGAAAUGGCCACAGACCCUUUUACCCAAGAUCAGUUUAAACUGUGUAUAAAAAGUGCUACAGCUUGUGCUGGGGUAUUGGUGGCCAGUAUCAAGGCAUUCAAGCAGAGGCCCAGUGAAAGCUUACAUUACAGAUGUAGUUUUUUCUGUGAUCCACUCCUAGCAUCAGUGAAUGCUCUAGUGAAGUUUUCCACCGAGUUGGAGUUUACAGGACUGCCAGCCAUGAUCUCUCAGGGCGUCAAAGAAGUCCAGGAAGUAGUAUUAGGUACUUGCAUGAAUAUAACCUCAUCUUGUAUCCAGCUAUGCAAGGCAAUCAAGCAGUUAGCCUACGACAACACUAACGAGGUUAGUCGCAGUAAGAUUCCAGCCUGCAUGGAGUCUGUAUCAAGAGCAUGUCAGCAACUGACCACAGUAUUAAUCCAGUGUCACGUACACAAGAAUGGCAAAGGAGAGACCAAAGGAAGGUAGCACAGCAAAUGACAGUGCUCUGUCCUAACACAAUUGUAAAUACUUCCAAGUAUAAAGUUGCAGACUUGCACCUCUUUGCAGAGAUACCAGAACGAGGGAGGAAACUACAGUGAAAGCAGAGAAUCUUUGAAUAGAGCUGAUUUUAAAUAAUUGUCGUGUUUCAGUGCGAGAUAUUGGGACAGUUAAGGUGAGAACAAUGGCGUCCAGAAUUGUGCUAUAACCGUUGAUCUCACCAGAUAAGUUAUUCUCAUCUUUCUGGGUGUGUUUUCAAUCUUCUGGAAUGGAGUACCUGUAGUGAUUGUGGAUCCAUGUUAUAAUUCAGCAUGGAUAGCCUUGCUGGUACAAAAUCAGUGAAACACAGACAAAUACGAUGAAUGAUUGUUCUUAAUCAUUUUUAUGAGGAAAGAUUUACAGAGUGUAUAAGAUAUUACUAUCCUUGGGGUGGUAAAUCUUUGUAGUCUGUUUUUUAUAGCUUUUUAAAUUGUAAAAAUUGCUAAUGCAAAUCUUGCAAAAUGGUUCAACAGUAUUACAAUCCAUUUAACUCAUUAUUGGUCACAUUAUUUAUAAAACUAUUCAGUAGAUAGAAUCACUUUUUUGUGUUAACAGUUUUUUAGGUUGACGGGUUUUGUAUACAUUUGUUCAUUGGCUUAAUAUUAAGUCCAAGUUGAACUUGUGCUCCCUUGUGCUUUUAAACAUUGAGCAGUGCCUUUUAUGGUUUGUUAAACUUAUUCAAGACUUAACCAUAAGCACCCAUGUUUGUGAGUCGUAAUAUUGUAAAGAUACAGUCAGUCAUCUUGUUUUGUAGUCUUGGGCAUUGGUGAAUGUUAUACAAUAGAUGUUGCUUCCUCUGAAAGUUGUGAAAUUAUCCCCUAUAGGAAUAGUUUUUGGAUAAAGCAUUCUACAAUAUACAUGUAUGCAAUGUGCAUAGCUCAAUUUUUGACAUGUAUCCAAAACAGACAACCAAGUCCUGUGAAACCCACAAGAGGCAAGCUUCUCUUUCAUAACCAGUAAGUAUGCCCAUUCAUAGUGGAGCAACAUAGUAUGAAGCAGUGAACCAGUGAAUGUUAUAUACAUUAAGAAGAGGAGUUAACACAUGCAGUGUUUUUUACAUGGGCUCACUUAUAGAAUGGAAUAUAUUUACUGUCUUUUUAUGAAGUCAUGGACCAUCAACCAUGCAUUACAAUGACAAGAUGUGACAAAAGAUGAAGCAAAUUUUGUUCUCAAAUUGGCAUUGGUAUUGCUAAUGAAAGCAAAAGGUUUUUAAUGUCAAGUCAACAGCCACCUACUUUCGUAGAUCCCAUGUGAAAAUGACUAGAUAAUAGAAAAUAUUUCAGUGUCAAAGCUAAACUACAUUAAGAUAUUCCACAUCCCAGACAUGGUAACUUGUAAAUUGUUUUUAAUUGUUAAAUUGUUGUGACAAGGGAAUUGUGAUUUGUUAAAAUAUUAUUUUUAAUUUUUAGAUAAGCUUGGUAAGUGGCAGAUCAAUAUUUUUUAAUUAUAGCAUUUUGUGCCACACUGUGCAAGGUGAUAUGGUGCUUCUUGUUCUGGUACAUCUUUGUUUUUUGUGUUAUUCAGUAUUUGAAAAGUGAUUUGGUGAAUUUAUCUCAUCCCUUUCACAAACAAGAUCGGUGUCAUAAAAAGUGCAACAAUAUUUACAUCAGAUAUAUUUAUCAUUACUUUUCUUUACACUGUAAAAGUUGAGGUUAUUCAGCAUCUUUUAAAGUUAUGUGUAUGUGGUGCUACAAUAUUUGUAUAUAUUCUACAGCAAAUGGGCUUGUAUAUCGUAUUGUAAAUAUGUAUGUGAAAGUGCAGGGUUUCAUGUUUUUUGCAUGCACCAUGGGACCCAAUUUGAGACGGGGCACAUGAUGAACUGCCCUAUUUAGAAAAUUACAGUAAUUGACUGGCAACAGUUAUUCUUUUUCAUGUUGACAUAAAGUACAGUUUGUGUUUGUAGGUAAUUGGUUGUUGUGUCAUUGCACCUGGAGCUAACCCAUCAUGAAUCAGGGCGGGGUUGACAGGGGUGAGAUGUUUCUGUCAACCAAAUAGCUUCUGUACAGCGCUGGCUUGUCACAUACGAGGCCUUGGAAAUAAUUCUAGUUUUUCUCGACCAUAAUUUUAGGGCCUUUGGGACGUACAACCUGGAGUUUUUGAAAGCAUGACUUAUGUCUGGUUUUGAUGAUCUAUUGGAAUUUUAUAAACAUCCCAUAAAAACAAGGCAAUUGCUGUGCAUUAGUUUGCACCCUAUAAUAUUUAUGGGAAAUUGAGCUGAAGCACUUGUGUGUGCAGAAAUGGACACACCCGUUUAGAACUGAGCAACAGUAGGGGGAUUUUCACAAACUGUUAUUAGCUGUUAUCAGUAUGGCUGUUUACACUUUGCUUACUGGAUUGAGCAAGGAAUGGUGUAAUUUUAUAGGGUGUAUUCUUAACUGACAACACUGAAAGUAUUUUUCAUCAGGCCACAAAUAAUAGGCAUUAGAAGAAAAGUGUGAAUUGCUUAAAACAUGUUGAUUCAUUUGAGCUUGGUGUACAUUUUAAGUCACAAACACUUUGACUUCUGCAAAUAAGUCUAGAAUGUGAAAAUCAAUAAAUGAAAUUAGUAUUUUGUUGAAAUAGGUCAGCCAAACUUCCUGCUAGAUAAGAUACAGUAUUCCAGUUAUGAUUAUCUGAAAAAUAAGAGAAAAAAAAUGCACUGUUAGCUUUUCCGAGAAUCGAUGAAGGUUGGGUCAACAGCAAUUAUUUUGUUUGAGCCAGCAUGCUAUUCUUUUGAUUAUUGAAUAGUGUGAAUAUGCCAUCUUCCAACUAAGAUCUUUGAUCCAACAAACAAUAUUUGAUGGGCUCUAGCUGAGAUGUAGUAAAAGAGGAGGUUUGGCUGGUUUCAACGUUCUGUGUUAUGGGACAGAGAUUAAAACGAGCAUAAUUAAAGAGAAUCACACCAUUAUACCUUCUUUCAGUGGUGGUCAGCUGCACUACCCUUGUUCUUUGUUACUCCUGAAUGUGUGUAAAAAGGAAGUUCUAGUCAGUCAGUUUUUCUGGUCGUUUGUUGUUUUGUUAAUUAUAUUGACCUUGUCGGGUGUAUUUGUAUUGAUAUGAAUUAAAACUUUAACAUCUG